AUGGCCUCAUCCUCAACCUUUUCCAUUAUUUUAGGGAUACUGCAGGCUACCAUCUUUCUAAUUUCCAUUGCUAGAACUGUGACAAUAGCAGAUCCAUCGCCUUUGGCGUCCGAAGCCAUAGCUAUGGUAGAAAGUGGGUGGUGGAGUAACUAUAGCAACAAUGCUUCAGAACGUUGCGAGUGGCCAGGUAUAUCAUGCAACACUGCUGGAAGCAUCAUCCAAAUUAACUUAUCUUAUGCGUUCCUUGUCGAGGUUGGAGAUAGAUUUGGGAAAUUGAAUUUCUCUUCAUUUCCAAAUCUUGUCCUUCUUGAUCUUAGUCAUCGUCAACUUGGUGGAAAUAUCCCGCAUCAGAUAGGUAAUCUAUCAGCAUUGAAGCACCUUGACUUGUCCAAUUGUGGUUUAUCCGGUAAGUUACCUCCUUCUCUAGGAAACCUAACCCAAUUAGAGUACCUUGACAUUUCCUAUAAUUAUAAUAUUAACGGUUCCAUCCCUCCACAACUAGGGAAUCUAGUGAACCUUGUCAGUUUAAAUUUGAGUUGGACCAGUCUUAGUGGAAACAUUCCACCGUUUCUUGGGCUAUUGACCAACCUUAGGCAUCUACUUUUGGAUAGGAAUCAAUUUAAUGAUGGUAAUAAUACAAUCCCUCAAAAUUUGUGGAAUUUGAGGGGUCUUGAGACUUUAAGCCUAGGUCAUUGUGGAAUUGUUGGUCCAAUCCCUUCUGCUCUGGGUCAGUUAUUAAAUCUCAAAUCUUUAAUUCUUUGGGGCAACAAAAUUAAUGGAUCUAUUCCACCUGAAGUUGGAUUCUUAUCAAACUUAACUUAUUUUGAUGUCUACGACAACAGACUGGUUGGUUCAAUACCUUUUUCCUUGUACCAAUUAACCAAUUUAGAAAUUUUGUACCUUGGUAAUAACCAGCUUGAAGGUUCCAUCCCUCAGAAUAUUGAAAAGUUGAUGAACAUCAAGUUUUUAAGCAUCACUAAUAAUAGUAUUACUGGUCAUAUUCCCUUAGCUUUGUGUCGUUUGACAAAAUUGGAAUAUAUUUACCUUGACGAAAAUCAAAUCAGUGGUUCAAUCCCUUCUUGUCUUGGUAAGUUGUUCAACUUGCGUACAUUGGAUCUUGAUUCAAAUCUAUUGGAAGGUCUUAUUCCCGAAGAGAUUGGGAAUUUAGCAAAUUUAACUUCAUUAAGCCUCUCCCAAAACAAAUUGAGUGGUUCAAUCCCAUCUUGUAUUGGCAAUUUAUCCAAUUUGUAUACCUUAGAACUUGAUUCAAAUCUAUUAAUAGGCUCUAUCCCUGAAGAAAUCGGUAAGCUUUUUCACCUAUCAAAUUUAAACCUCAGCUUUAACCAACUCUCAGGUAGUGUCCCUAUCUUGUCUGCCACUAAGCUUCGUAUUAUUGACGCUGGAAAUAACUGUAACAAGAUUUCUCCUGAUCCAUUUGAAGGGAAUAGUCGUUUAUCACCCUAUAUGUGUACUUCUCCAGUAACCAACAAAGCCAACAGCAGUACAAUUCCUUACCAUAUGAAAAUAUUCCUCCCUAUUGCCAUCUUCUCCACAUUCUCCAUUUUGGGAUAUUUUCUAUUUUCACGGUUUAAGCUCAAGAAUAACCGUGUCGGUGUACAACCGACGAAGAAUGGGGAUUUGUGUUCCAUAUGGAACUAUGAUGGAAAGAUAGCAUACGAGGAUAUUGUCGCAGCAACAGAGGAUUUCGACUUUCGAUUCUGUAUAGGAGUUGGUGGUUAUGGAAGUGUUUAUAGAGCACAACUACCUUGUGGUAAAGUAGUUGCCUUGAAGAAACUUCAUCGUUUAGAAGCCGAAAAUCCAACUUUUGACAAGAGCUUCAGGAAUGAGAUCAAGUUUCUGACAGAAAUACGACAUCGAAGCAUCGUAAAGCUUCAUGGGUUUUGUCUACACCGACGGUCCAUGUUUUUGAUCUAUGAAUACAUGGAAAAAGGGAGUUUGUUCUGCAACCUAAGAGAUGAAGUGGAAGCUGUGGAAAUGGAUUGGAAAAAAAGAGUGGAAAUCAUCAAGGGCAUAGCGCAUGCUUUGUCUUACUUGCACUAUGAUUGCAGCCCUCCAAUAGUUCAUCGAGACAUAUCAAGCAACAAUGUUCUUUUAAACUCGAGCUUUGAGGCCUUUGUAGCUGACUUUGGGACUGCUAAAAUGUUGGAUCUUGAAUCAUCCAAUCAGACCAUUAUUGUGGGCACAUGUGGUUAUGUAGCUCCAGAACUUGCAUAUACGUUAGUUGUCACCGAAAAAUGUGAUGUCUAUAGUUUUGGAGUGGUGGCACUGGAAACGUUAAUGGGAAAGCAUCCUGAAGAAGUGUUAUCAUGGUUGUCAUCACCAAUUUCUUUGGUAAAUAGGAGGCUGGUUGAUAUGCUAGACAACCGUUUACCACUUCCGAGAAGCCAAUUAGUUGCACAAAAUCUUGUUCGCAUUGCUACUUUGGCAUUUGCCUGCCUAAAUCCGCAACCCAAGUCUCGACCAACGAUGAAAGAAGUGUGCGAAGAGUUUCUUUGUGGCCAAACAUCCUUGGGAGUUCCCCUUCGGAUGAUCUCUUUGUUACAACUUGUGAACUGUGAAAUGCAUAUUAGAGGCAAAACUGAAACUUGUAAUGUUUAAACUCCAUGUGAUUGUUCUAGAUUAGAUAUUAUUUAUCAUGCUUUGAUGAUUUGUUUUACAUAACAUAAAUUCGACAAUUUGAUCCAAA